AGAAAAGGAAAAAGGAAAAAAGGGUCGUCGCACCCACCUCUCUCUCACAUCCUUCCGGUUGCGCUCCCACCUCCUCGACGCUCUCUUAUCCCCUUCGCGACAACCACUCCGAACUGGCCCCCCUGCUGUCGCUCAGCUCCUGUUCACACCAGUCAAGAUGGCAGAGCAGGUCAACAACAUCAGCAACGGUCAGCAGUCGCGCCCCCGGCGCCCGCCCACCUCGCGACCCAAGCCGGUGGCCCGCGGCGACGAGCAGGCGGGCGCCGAGCUGAAGCUGGGCGAGUUCGAGAACGUGGACACGCUCACCCUGUCCGAGGCGUCGCUCGUCAUCAACGCGCUGAUUUCCAAGCGCCGCAACGACCGCAAGAACUUCCAGGAGUCCGAAAUCCUGUCCAAGACCAUCGACUACCUCGAUGCGUUUGCGCGCUUCAAGCAAAAGGAGAAUGUCGAGGCCGUCGAGCGCCUCCUCAGCUCGCACAAGCAGCUCAACAAGUUCGAGCGCGCCCAGAUCGGCUCGCUUUGCUGCGACAGCGCUGAGGAGGCCAAGACCCUCAUUCCUUCUAUCGCCGACAAGAUCGACGACGAUGUCCUACAGGAGCUUCUAGACCAGAUGGCUAAGCUCCAAGGCUAGAGCGACCUGCUUCAAGCGACACGCACGCGAC